UGUGGCACAAGUGGGAAACCCGAUUGCAACCAAACCCACUGGCUCGAUUUCUUUGCAUAAUCGAUGUUGGAAUAAAAAUCUACAUGAAACUGCACGAUUUUGUAGCAACAGCAGUAUCAUCUAAGCUUGUCUCAGGAAAAUAUUACCAUUUAGGAUUCAAUAUGAGAUCAUUUCUGUUGCUAUCCAUUGUGGCUCUAUAUUCAGCUAAACCACUACUUCGGAAUGAAUUUCUUCACUUCCUAGUAGAGCACGAUAUUAUGCUCCAGGAUCCUCCACUGAACUCAUCUGAUAUGAUUCAACCACAACCAACACCAAGCCCACAACCCACCUUAGCUGAUCUAUUUUUCAAAUGUCCUUCAAAAUGUCGGUGCCAAAUACGGGUAGUCCAAUGCUCUGAUGCUGGUUUGAAGUUAGUGCCAGCAAAAAUUCCGAUAGAUACAGUAAUGCUUGAUCUGCAAAAUAACAAAAUAACCGAAAUAAAAGAAACUGAUUUAAAGAACCUGCCUUCGCUCUAUGCACUUUUUCUGAUUAACAAUCAGAUAACCAAAAUUCAUCCAAAGGCAUUCAGGUCCAAUAAACAUUUGAAAUUACUUUACCUUUCCUGGAAUUUGCUACCUCAGAUUCCAACUCAUUUACCAAAAUCCCUUGUGGAACUAAGAAUUGAUGACAACAAAAUUAAGAAAAUACAAAAGCAAGCUUUUAAAGGAAUGAAGUUUUUGCAUGUUUUAGAAAUGAGUGGAAAUCCACUUGAUGCUACAGGGAUGGAACCCGAUGCUUUUGAUGGGGUAUUGAGACUGAUUUACAUUCGAAUUUCACAGGCAAAUUUAACUUCUGUUCCCAAGAAUUUACCAUCCAAUUUGCACGAGCUGUAUAUUGAUCACAAUAAGAUUUCAUCAGUGGAACUUGAGGAUUUUAGGCGAUACAAAGAUUUGCGCAGAUUGGACUUGUCCUACAACCAAAUUAAAGAGAUUGAAAAUGGAAGCUUUGCAUUUCUUCCUCAACUAAGACAGCUUCAUUUGGAAAACAAUGAAGUUAAGCAAGUUCCUGCUGGCAUAAAGGAACUGAUGUAUUUGCAGGUACUGUAUCUUCAUAAUAAUAAUAUUAGCAAAAUUGAUGUGGAUGAUUUCUGCCCAAAGGAAACAAGCAAUAAGACGACGUUCUAUAGUGGGAUCAGUCUUUUUGGCAAUCCAGUGAAGCACUGGGAAAUUCAGCCUGCUUCUUUUCGAUGUGUGUCUGGUACUUUUGGCGUGCAGUUUGGAAAAUAAUAGAUGAAUAAUAAAUAAGUAUAGAUGUGUACAAGUAUUAUUCCUCACAAGGUUACAUAACACGGAGCAUGAAAUUUCUUUUAACAAAAACAGGAAAAAAUUGUCUUCCUGAACAGUUAACUACUUGCAAAAGCUUGGAAAUCUUCAACAUCAAAAUUGUCAUU